AUGAUUACAGGUCAAGAAAACCGUUAUCCUAUUAAAUGCAGUAACUCUGGAAACGAACCGCAAAUUUCCUAUCCAUUCAGAGUAAAAGAUCGUCAAGGCGAGGGUGGUUACCCAGGUUUUGAUCUAACAUGCAAUACUUUGGGUGAAACAGUUCUUAGACUACCGCAAUCAGGAGAAUUUCUUGUUCGAAAAAUCGACUACGUUAACAAAGAGAUAAGACUCUAUGACCAGGACGGUUGCCUCGCACGACGCUUUCAGCAACAAAACCUAAAUAUUAAUCUGUCGCCUUUCGAGGGUUUUGGUUUUCGUACUUUCAACUUCGCUAAUUGUCCACCAUCAGCAACCAGUCACCCACCCGACGAACUUGCUGGAAAGUUUUUAGAUGUUCGUUGCUUUAAUGAAGAUACAAAGACUAUAGUUUUUCCGGUUUCUCCGACCAGUACUUCUGAUAGCAAGAUUAGCCAAGUAUUGACGAGGUUAGGUUGUGUGAUAAAAGCACCUAUUACGAUUCCUGUACCCUUGAAUGCUGUUAGAGAUGUUUACAAGUAUGGAUUUGACGAUCUUUAUCUCACAUGGAUCGACCCGAAAAAGCCACCAGACUCAGAUCGGAAAGGACUAGUGAUGCUAAUUAUUGCUGUCAUCACUGUAAUAAUAGCACUAAUCGGGUUUUAUAUUAAGAUGGGGAAGCGUUGUGAGACUCACCAGUACUGA